AUGAAGCUGGCUGCGUUGUUGAUGGCUGCGGUGGCUGCCGCACAGACUCUGGUUGUUGAGCCCGAGGUUAGAAUCGAGAACGGCGUUAUUGUCAACAACAACCCUUACGAGGUCAAGCUUGUUCUCAAGAACCACCAUGGCGAGCCGGUCACUGUCGACAAGGUGGUCGAGUCCUGGCGCGAGGUGGGCAAGACCUACCGUAAAACCCAGGCAAACCGCACUGUUACCACUGGUCUUACCGUCAACCCGCACGACCAGACCGAGCUUGUUCUUUCUCGCCAGCAAUCACUGCCCGCCCGCGCUCUCGACUUAAUCUACGAUGUGCAGUACUCUGUUCAGGACGAGCACCUCAGCAGUGCUUCCGAGGCCCAGACCUUCAAGAUUGAGGACCCUUCGAUCAGCAUCGUGGAUCCGCGGUUCAUUUCCGCGCUCUUUUUCCUGGUAACUUUCGUCGGCAUCAUUGUUUACUUUUCCCUGGCCAUUUUGGAGCAUCCCCUGGUCACCAAACCGGUCAAAAAGGAGCGUUCUACUACUCCAAAGCGUGAGCCAACCCCCACGUCCACUGAGGAUUGGAUCCCCCAGCGCCACCUGCGUUCCCGCACCCGGGCGGCCCAGGAAUAA